AUGGACAACGAGAAAAAGAUAAUCACAUUUUGUCUGCUUUUGGCAGGUGUUUGCAGCCUUGUGUUUUGUGAGGAGUGGAAGGCGUCUGUUGAAAACAGCCUUGAAGCCUUGGUGUCCUCUUGUGUUGUGGUGCCAUGUUCGUUCAGCCAUCCUCGGGGAGCUCUGCCUACAUCCAGACUCCGAGGCAUCUGGCAUCUUAAAGACCAAGUCACAAAAAACAUCUACCACGACGAUGAAACAAAAAUCCUGGACAGCUUUAAAAAACGAACAAAGCUAUUGGGAAGUCUGGGUCAGGACAACUGCACCUUAGAACUUAUGCCGGUCAAUGAUCAUGACAACGGCCCUUUCUGUUACCGAAUUGAACUGGUCAAAACAGAAGACAACGCACCGACCAUUGACAAGUUCUCAUUUGUUGAGGAGUGCGUUGGGCUCAAAAUGCUCAAUGAUCCUCCAAAACCCGUACUCAGUCAUCCAGGGACAGCCACUCCAGGAGAACCUUACACAGCCGUGUGUUCGGUCCGCCAUACCUGCCCCUCAUACAUGCCAACACUCACGUGGAGUCAGGGGACUAAAGAGGAGACCUUCGAGAUCUAUCAAGACAUUAACCAUGGAAUCUGGGAGGUGGAAUCUAUCCUGACCUUUAUUCCUGAGGAAAUCCAUGACACCAGUGAUCUGACCUGCACAGCAACAUUUCACGGAGGGAGGACAUCAUCUGCAGGUGUGGCACUCAACGUGAAACGCGCACCUAGCGUUAACCACGUCAUCAUUCAUGCAGCAGUGGCAGCAAGUCUCGCUGUGAUCUUUGGAGUCUUCUGUGUUUUCAUGGUGAAAAAAUACAAGAAUCGGAUUGCAGAGCUUCAGCAUCAGGAUGGCAGCAUGUGGAGCCGGCUGUCCAGGGUGUCCAGAAGGUGA